GCCACCCCUACUGGUACACUGAAGCACCCGGGGGCCAUCUGCCCGACCGCUCCCGACCACGGCAGCGGGGCCCUCGAUGGCAGUGGGCACCUCCCCUUGAAACCUGCCAAGCUGGACUCCACAGACCUGCACGACGACACCUCGGCCAGCUCCGCGCCCACCUCUGAGGCUUGCAGCCAUGCAGUCCUAGCCUGCAGCCCGGGCAUCCCCGAAGAGUACUACGUGAGCGAGGCUGCGGAAGAUGCUCCCAGCUACAGAGGGUACCGGGAUGCCUGCACCAUCACCGACGUGUGCAACAGCACCAACCUUCCCGAGGUCGAGAUCAUCAGCCUGCUGGAAGAGCAGCUGCCCCAUUACAAGCUGAGAGCCGACACCAUCUACGGUUACGACCACGAUGACUGGCUGCACACACCUCUCAUUUCCCCAGACGCCAACAUCGACCUCACAACCGAGCAGAUUGAAGAGACCCUGAAAUACUUCCUUCUCUGCGCCGAAAGAGUUGGCCAGAUGACUAAGACAUACAAUGACAUAGAUGCUGUCACGAGGCUUCUUGAGGAGAAAGAGCGAGAUUUGGAGUUGGCUGCACGGAUCGGCCAGUCAUUGUUGAAGAAGAACAAGACCCUAACUGAGAGGAAUGAACUACUGGAAGAGCAGGUGGAACACAUCCGGGAGGAGGUGUCUCAGCUCCGACACGAGCUGUCGAUGAAGGAUGAGCUGCUUCAGUUCUACACCAGCGCGGCCGAGGAGAGCGAGCCCGAGUCCGUCUGCUCCACCCCACUGAAGAGGAACGAGUCGUCCUCCUCCGUCCAGAACUACUUCCACCUGGACUCCCUUCAGAAGAAGCUGAAGGACCUCGAAGAGGAGAACGUUGUACUUCGAUCCGAGGCCUGUCAGCUGAAGACGGAGACCAUCACCUAUGAGGAGAAGGAGCAGCAGCUGGUGAAUGACUGCGUGAAGGAGCUGAGGGACGCCAACGUCCAGAUUGCAAGCAUCUCAGAGGAGCUGGCCAAGAAGACAGAAGAUGCCGCUCGCCAGCAGGAGGAGAUCACACACCUGCUGUCGCAGAUCGUGGACCUACAGAAGAAGGCAAAAGCUUGUGCGGUGGAAAAUGAGGAGCUCAUCCAGCACCUAGGCGCUGCCAAGGAUGCCCAGCGGCAACUCACAGCAGAGUUGCGGGAACUGGAGGACAAGUACGCAGAGUGCAUGGAGAUGCUUCACGAGGCACAGGAGGAGCUGAAGAACCUGCGGAACAAGACGAUGCCCAACACCACGUCCCGGCGCUACCAUUCACUGGGCCUGUUCCCCAUGGACUCCCUGGCUGCAGAGAUCGAGGGGACUAUGCGCAAGGAGCUGCAGCUGGAAGAGCCGGAGUCUCCAGACAUCACUCACCAGAAGCGUGUCUUUGAGACCGUGAGAAACAUGAACCAAGUGGUCAAGCGGAGAUCACUGACCCCUUCCCCUAUGAACAUCCCCGGCUCCAACCAGUCCUCCGCCAUGAACUCCCUUCUAUCCAGCUGCGUCAGCACCCCCCGCUCCAGCUUCUACGGCAGCGAUGUUGGCAACGUGGUCCUUGACAACAAGACCAACAGCAUCCUCCUGGAAACUGAGGCAGCCGACCUGGGGAAUGAGGAGCGCAAUAAGAAGCCAGGCACCCCAGGCACCCCUGGCUCCCACGACCUGGAGACCGCACUCAGGCGGCUGUCCUUGCGCCGGGAGAACUACCUGUCUGAGCGGAGGUUCUUCGAGGAGGAGCAGGAGAGGAAGCUGCGGGAGCUGGCCGAGAAGGGCGAGCUGCACAGUGGGUCCCUCACGCCCACCGAGAGCAUCAUGUCCCUGGGCACACACUCACGCUUCUCUGAGUUCACGGGCUUCUCCGGCAUGUCCUUCAGCAGUCGCUCCUACCUGCCCGAGAAGCUGCAGAUCGUGAAGCCGCUCGAAGGUUCAGCCACGCUUCACCACUGGCAGCAAUUAGCCCAGCCUCAUCUUGGGGGCAUCCUAGACCCCCGUCCUGGUGUGGUCACCAAGGGCUUCCGGACGCUGGACGUUGACCUGGAUGAAGUGUACUGCCUUAACGACUUUGAGGAAGACGAUACAGGUGACCACAUUUCUCUCACGGGCCUAGCUACCUCCACGCCAGUUCAGCACCCGGAGACCUCAGGUGAGAGGUCCCGAGCACGUGUGACUGUCUCAGGCAGCAGAAGUUACUCCAGCCAGCCUCAGGCUUCCUCAGAGGAGAUGCACAAGCCGCCAGCGCCAGCGGGCCUGGAGGAGGAGGAGGAGGGGUCUGCGCACUAUCCUGGGAAGUGCAUGUCCCAGACCAACUCCACGUUCACCUUCACCACCUGCCGCAUCCUGCACCCCUCAGACGAGCUCACACGGGUCACGCCAAGCCUUAACUCAGCCCCAGCUCCGGCUUGUAGCAGCGCUGGCCACUUGAAAUCCACACCAGUUGCCACACCAUGCACCCCCCGGAGACUGAGCCUGGCCGAGUCCUUCACAAACAUCCGCGAGUCCACGACCACCAUGAGCACGUCCCUGGGACUGGUGUGGUUACUGAAGGAACGAGGCAUCUCCGCAGCUGUGUACGACCCCCAGAGUUGGGACAGAGCGGGCAGGGGCUCCCUCCUCUACUCCUAUACCCCUAGGAUGGCUGUGAUCCCAUCCACCCCGCCAAACUCCCCCAUGCAGACACCCGUGGCCUCCCCGCCCUCCUUCGAGUUCAAGUGCACGAGCCCUCCCUACAACUUCCUGGCUUCCAAGCCGGCCAGCUCCAUCCUGAGGGACGUGCGGGCGAAGAGACCUGUGAGGAGCAGCGAGAGCCAGACGGACGUGUCUGUCUCCAACCUUAACCUUGUGGACAAAGUCAGGAGGUUCGGGGUGGCCAGAGUGGUGAACUCAGGACGUGCACAUAUCCCCACCUUGACUGAGGAUCAGGCACCUCUCCUCUGUGGAGCCGCAGGGCCAGCCCAGGCUCUUGUUCCUGGGGGCCUGGUCCCCGAGGGCCUGCCUCUGGGGUGCCCCAGUGGCAUCCGGCGGAAUCGCAGCUUCCCCACCAUGGUUGGGUCCAGUGUGCAGAUGAGAGCCCCCGUGAUCCUCACCUCGGGCAUCUUGAUGGGCGCUAAGCUCCCAAAACAGACCAGCUUGCGGUGAGGCCAGGGACUGCUGCCCUCCAGGAGACCUGUGGUGUCCUCUCUCUGCUCCCCGCCUCCUGUCUCCCACGGAGCACUGGCACCCUUUCUCCUCUGAGGUCUACUUCUCCUGAGCUAGACAAAUCAACCUUGUGCCUCGUGGGGGGGUGGAGAGUAGAACUCCAUACUGUGUGUACACGGGCCUUGGGGACCUUGCAUCUGCUCUCUUCCAAUCUGCAGGAAGCGAUAGCCCUACAAGGUUAUACACUCAUGAUGUCACCCGAGCUUACCCAGGGGAAGGUGGCGUCCUUUCUUCUUUACUCUUAAGAAGCACUGAGAUUCCCAAGUGUGUUCUUAUCCCAUGGAUAGGAAUCUGGUGAAUUCUGCAUAAGACUGUCGGGUUGCACCCCAUAGCCGCCACGUGGCACAGGUCACAAUGCAUCCACAUCCUGGGUGUCACUGGCCUCCUUGCCCACCUGUGCCAUCAGAGAGUUGCUCUUCUGUUUGUAGGUGGUCCAACUUCUUCAAGAUCUGCACUAUUCUGCUCUGAUGGAAAGUCCGUUCCAGCUGUCCGGCUCAGAACCUGACCGGACAAGAAUGUAUUGACACUCCGACACGCCAUUGGGCAGCCCGUCUAUGUUCUAUGUGACUGAUUUUUUUCCAUUUUUAAAAAUUUUAUUAGCAGGGAAGUCUCAGUACUGACAGUUUCUCUUGGUGGUUCUAUGACGCCAAAAUGCAAAUGGCACACACACUAACUUGCUAAUAACAUAGCUCAUUUCUGGGACCCAGUGUCGCAGCCAGGUUGAUGUAUGACCAGUUAUCACUGUAAACAGUAGGGACAAAGGGACAGGGGACAAGACUGUUAAAUCUGUACACAGUGGAGGAAACACCACAUCUUGGGUCAAGGUUGGUCAGGUUUGAUGACUGCUGGCCCCUCUCCACUCUGAAGAGAGCUCAGGCAGUGUGUUUGAGCUCUGCAGUCACUCAGUGGUUUCUUUUUGUUUGUUUGGUUUUGGUUUUUUGAGACAGGGUUUCUCUGUGUAGCCUUGGCUGUCCUGAACUCACUCUGUAGACCAGGCUGCCUUGAAUUCAGAGAUCCUACAUCUGCCUCCCGAGUCCGGGAUUAAAGGCAUACACCACAUUUUUUUUUUAAUCCUCUUGUUUGAAAACACGAAUAAGUUUCUUCCCCAGACCCCAAGUCCUUUGUCUCCUCAUCCCUUUUCUGCCCAUAGGAAAAAAAUCAGAGGUGCUUAUGAAUGGAAGAAGCAGAGGAAUCGAGCGGCCUAGGCCUGUUGCUGUCGCCCACUCGGUUAUGGACGAUUAUUUAUUAUCUGUGUGUGCUAUAUGCUAUAUUUUAAUCAGAUGCCUCCCCCUUCCAGCUCCAGCCAGAGAGAGAGAGUGUGUGUGUGUGUGUGAGAGAGAGAGAUCCCCCCCCAGGCAUCAUAUUUAUUUACUUUUAUCUGAGUAUGACUGUAUGUCUGUGUGUCACAUGAUCGCCUGUGACAAGCACUUGUCACAUGGACCCUUCCCCCAGCAAAAGGUGUGUUCUUGGAUGGAGUGAGGGUCACCUUAUAUCCACCGAGGAUGCUUUGAGAAGGUCCCCAAGCAGCAAGCUUCAGUCCCACUAUUUCAAACACGGGAGUGCCGAUCAUCACACUCUCCGCUCCCCUGGCUGCUGUGGUGUGCGGUCACUCCGAGUAGCUGACCUUGACCUUUUCAUUUGAAUGUAUUGUAAAGCAGGCAGACGAGCAAAGGAGGAAGACAACCACGCCUUUGGACGAACCACGUCACGUAUGCAGAGGAACCACCCAUCGGCACUGGCAACACCAGUGUGAAAACCGGCCCAUUAGAGGUUAUGAUGUUUAGUGUAGUUAAUAAACCGGAGAUCAACAUUAAACAACCACUACCAAACAGUGUGUUGUAAUGCAUCAAGAUCAACAACAAAAUUUUAUUCGCUAAUGAAUAUCAAUAAAACAAGCUCAAA